AUGGCGACAGCAUCUGAAAGGACCACAAGGAAAUUUACCGUUGACUGCACGAAGCCAGCAUCUGACAGUCUAAUCACCCCUUCUGACCUGGGGGCGUUCCUCCAGCAGAAGAUCAAGUGCCAUAUGGGCAAGAAGGAAAAGCUCCUUCAGAUAAAUGUGAAUGGAAACAUCGUUGAAGUAAGCGUUACUGGAGGAUUCAUAAACAAGCAGGGGCUAAAGUGGCAGACAGGAAGGUUUCUACACAUGAAAAAGCUCAGAGCUUUUAUCAAGAUUUUUGCACAAGGGCCGGAUGGAUUUGAACUCAGGUACAUUAAUGUCGAAGAGGGUAAGGAGGAAUAA